AAACAUAUACCAUGAUCGACCCAAUGAUCAGUUAUCCAGAUGGUCAUCAGACUCCAACAAUCCUCCACAGUUUCUUGUGCUGAAACUCGAGAGACCAGCCAUUGUGGAAUCCAUUUUAUUUGGGAAAUAUGAAAAAAUACAUGUGUGCAAUUUGAGGAAGUUUAAAGUGUAUGGGGGUCUCUCUGAAGACCACAUGGUGGAACUAUUGGAUGGGGGCCUGAAAAAUGAUCAUGUUGCUGAGACAUUUUCUUUGCGCCAUGAGUUGGACGGCAACCCCUUUCCAUGUCAUUUUGUCAAAAUUGUGCCCUUGCAAGCGUGGGGGCCAAGUUUCAACUUCAGCAUUUGGUAUGUGGAGCUGAUUGGAAACAGCCGCUGGGAAGAUGUUCGGCCUUGUAUGAACUGGUACAACACUUAUCGAGAAAGAGAAGCCAUCCGUCUUUGUUUGAAACACUUUCGUCAGCGGUGCUACACUGACGCAUAUGAGGCACUGAGCAAAAAGACAAACAUCACACUUGAACACCCAAUAGUAACACAACUGCACACUCUCCUUGUGGUAAAUGCAGACUUCAAGGCCUGUGAAGAGUUGAUUACUCAAGCAAGCGAAGAGGGCAUGUUUGAGCAGUACAUCAGCCAACAAGACUACAGGCCAGAGUGGACUCCCAUUCAGCCGGUCAAAAGUAAGAAGUCUGAGGUAGGAUCUGAAGCCCGUCCAGGGAUGCGCGGAGGUCAUCAGAUGUGUAUGGAUGUGCUGACGGAGACAAUCUACAUGUUCGGUGGCUGGGAUGGCAACCAUGAUCUUGCCGACCUCUGGUCCUACCAUGUUCCUUCACACGCCUGGACCUGUAUAUCCAGGGAUACGGAGAAAGAUGGAGGCCCGUCUGCCCGCUCUUGUCAUAAAAUGUGCCUUGACUACGAAAGAAAGCAGAUUUUCACGCUAGGGCGGUACUUAGAUUCGUCCAUGAGAACACCCAACAGAUUAAAGUGUGACUUCCACAUGUACGACAUACAGAGCCAGCAGUGGACUUUCAUCACUGAGGAUGCAGCAUCAAUGGGAGGGCCAAGGCUCAUUUUUGACCACCAGAUGGUCAUUGACAUAGAGAAGCAGACCAUUUACGUUUUUGGUGGGAGAGUGCUGGUCAGUCCCUCCGGAAUUGAGAGUGAAAGAUCUCCAGAUCCAAUCUUCAGUGGCCUGUAUUCCUUCCACAUCCCGUCAAAUACAUGGGCCUUAUUAAAAGAUGAUGGCUCUUCGCUGAGAUCUCGAAUUGGCCACUCAAUGCUUUUCCACCCGGUGAAAAGGGAGUUGUAUAUAUUUGCUGGCCAGAGAGCGAAGGAAUACCUCAAUGAUUUUUUGUCGUACCAUGUUGAUACAAAAGCUGUGGAAAUUGUGUCUGAUGAGAAGAGGAAAGAAGGGUGUCAAGCAGGUUUUACUCAGAGGGCAACUCUUGACCCCGAGUUGAACGAGAUUCACGUCUUCUCUGGUCUGAGUCGAGAAAAAGACAAAAGAGACAAUAUGAAUUCAUUUUGGGUCUACGACAUACACAAAAAUAAGUGGUCCUGCAUCUACAAGAAUGAGAACACAGGCCGGCAGUACUGGAUGAAGAUGCAGCAUGUGGAGCCGGUGCCCAGGUUUGCCCAUCAGCUCGUCUAUGAUCACGUCCGGAAGGUCCAUUAUUUGUUUGGUGGAAAUCCUGGCGUAGAUUCACUUCCUCGAAUGAGGUUGGAUGAUUUCUGGUCCUUGAAGCUGUUGCGACCAUCACCUGAGUAUCUGCUAAGGAGGUGUAGGUUCCUUAUCCGCAAGCAUCAGUUCUUGGAAAUGAGUGCACAGACGCCGCGUCAAGCCAUGACCUACUUGCAGACAGAACUGGCGCAGGUUGUGGAUCAUCAAAACCCGGAGGAGACUAAAGAGUUUCAAUUACUGGCCUCCUCGUUGUUCCCGUGCAGCGCUGUAGACGAUGAUGAGUUCACAGAGAGUAUGGAGGAAGCCGUUACUGCUGUUCCUAGCUUUGGCAACCCGCAUUUCGCUCAGAGGACACAACUUUUCGAUGCAUUAGUGGAAUUUUUCCCGGACUCGAUGACACAACCAAAAGAAAAUCUUGUGGAUCUCAUUCCCCUCUACUGACCACAGAAAUAGGUAAUGGGGCAGAAGUGCAACGGCAGCAGUUAUGUUACCGAGAAAGGCUCAUCACCUGAACUUCACCACCAUGCUGGUUAUUAUUUGUCAUAAAGAUGCUUUUUGCAAAGUAUUUUGGCUUGCAGAAUGCUGUCCAAAUAACAGUGAUUCAUUUCAUGCUUUUAUAUAGCUUACACUCACUGAGAACUGUUUACUUGUUUGUUCCCCCUGCAAAAGGGGCCUGGCAAGCCAUUUGAAUGAACCUAUUGUACCUUCCGCUCAAUUGCCAUUUCCAUGUCCUUGGUGAUGUGCAUAAAAUGAAGAUAGUUCCCUUAUGCCCUGAGAAGAAUAGGGGAGGAGAUGGCUGUCAGAUCAGCCUCUCAACCUGACUGGAUUGACACAGCUCUACGAUUUCUUAGUCCGUCAAGGCAUUUCUAGAAUUUCACUUUGUUGUCGUAGGUUUUUAAUCCCAGUAGAAUAAAUGAACAUGCUUUGGGAGGGGAGUCCUCCUUUUUUUUUUGGUACCUCUUUCUGUUAAUCUACAGUGGA